UGCUUCUUUGUUUCGCAACAGUCUAUUUUACAAUUAACUGCACGUUUUACGAACCUAUAUAAUCUAUUUUCUAUUAAAAUCAGUAACUAUGAUUACAAAGAAGAGACUUAAGAUUCACGGCAGAUGUUACCUAAUUUAAUCACAUAUUACCGAUAUUUUAAUUACAAAAUAUUAUGUCACGUUUAUAAACAUCUUGAUAAGAAAUCUGAUUAUCUUUAUACGGUAUAAAAACAAUUUAAUUUAAAGAAACUAUGCAUUCUCGACACAUUCUUAAACAUAAUGAUUAAUUUACUUUAUUGUUUUGGUAUCGCAUUCAUACAGAUAUCAACAGCACAAGUAAUAACAUACAAUCCUAGGAAUGGGAUACAAUCAACUCCAGUUCAAGGGAAUCAAAUACAAAAUGGCCAUAACCAUUUAAACCCUUUAGUAACUAAUGUGAAUGGACUUCAUUUAACACGAAUGAAUGGCAAUCAACCAAAUAAUAUCCAAGUGUCGAAUAUUAACGUUCCUAAUGGCAAUUAUAAUCCUCUUCUCAAUGCUAACAUUGUGAACAAAUUCAAUUACGCUUCUAUGGCAAAUGCAGAAGCUAAUGCUAAAUAUGUUACUCAAAUGGCUAACACAGAUUUGACUAAUGCUAAAUAUGUUAAUCAAAUGGCUAACGCAGAAGCCAAUGCUAAAUACGUUAACAAUCAAAUGGCUAACGCAGAAGUGAAUGCUAAAUAUGUUAAUCAAAUGGCUAACGCAGAAGCGAAUGCUAGAUACGUUAACAAUCAAAUGGCUAACACAGAAUUAGCGAACGCCAAAUUUAGCAAUGCACAGAUAGCUAAUGAACUUACAAAUAAUUAUGCUAAUUCUCACGUAGCAAAUUCAGAAGUGGCUAACGCAAGACUAACGAAUGCUCAAAUUGCUAAUGCUGAGUUAAUGCAACAAAAUUACCGUAAUGCUCAAUUGGAAAAUGCUGAAUUGCAGAAAAGGAACUACAAUGUAGAAAUAGCCAAGCUAAAUGCUCAACAUGCUGAGGAAUUGGCUAACGCUAGACUAAACGCUCAAAAUGCUGAGCUAUCAAACGCCCGGUUAAUACAAUCAAAUGCCAAUUGGUUAAAUAAAAACAUAGUUACUGUAAAUGAUAAUGCAAGAGUUGAGAAUGCUGCAACAAACUUUGCAAAUAACCCCAUAAGUUUCUGGGCAUUAAACAAUUUGGCUAGUAUUAACGGGAAUACAGCAACAUUUAACAUGGGUAAUGGUAACGGUGGGCAGAUAUUUACUAUAACGAGUGGGUCGCCAAAUAGUCCAGCUUUUGGUAUACAGUUGCUGGCAGAAGCGCUUGAGAUUGGAGGUACAGUCGCGGUCAAUGGCCAAAUGCCAAUUUUUGGUACAGUUGCAGUUAAUGGAAAUCUGCCUACAGAUGGUUCAGCCUCUGUUAAUUAUAAUUCUGGUCGAUCAGUUAAAGCUUAAGUAAUGUAAUGUGUGAUAUUUAUUGUAGACGUAAGUAGGAAUAAAGAGAUAAAUUAUUA